AAACGUUAGCAUGAAGAUCAAGAUAUUCCUGAGUCUCCUGCUGGUGGUGGGCCUCACCACAGCUUCAGUGUAUGAAGGCGAUACCAGCCAAGAUGUUGAGUUCUUUAUCCAAGAUAACCAAGAGGAUAACAGAGCCAUUAUGUUCUAUGAUGAAGUACAAGAAGUAGCACAGAAAGAAGUCGAUAACCGUGUUGAAGAUAUUCUUGGCAUCUUCCUUAGGAAGGACGAGCCUGGAAGACUUCAUAGGCAAUGGGUUGAUGACUUUAAUGAUAGACUUAACCUCAUGAGAGUAGAUAUUUUCAACCCUGAGAAUGCUGAAAUUGUUGAUGCCUUUGGUGUCAAGGAGACUCCAUAUGUCGUUUAUUUCGAAGAUGGAAGGGUUGGUUUUCAGGAAGUUGCAAAUGAUAGAACUGUGACUAGAUUGGAAGAGCAUUUUGUAGAUCAUGAAAACCAAAAGAGAUCUAAUGCUGCUACCUCAUCAAGCCAACCUUCAAGUUACCAAGAACCUCCUUCCUCUUGGUCAAAUGAUUAUCAUGACACCACUCAAAAUAAUCACCUAUCCUUCGAUGAGCCAGAACAAACUUACUACAACCAACCUCCUCAACAGCAGCAACAAACCAGCUUCGGUGGUAGCUCAAGUUACAACACCCCUCAAACUAGUUUCGGUGGGCAACAAGACAACAAUCAGAACGGAUACAAUAAUCAAGGAUAUAACAGUCAGCCCACAACCCAGAACCAACAACCUCAAUACAAUGGAUUCUCCCAGCCUCCACAACCAAGAUAUCCAGCUUUUGAUCGCUUCAGCAAUAACCAACAAAACAACCAAAACCAGCCUCCUCAGCAACAGCAGCAACAACAAAACCAGAGAAAUCCUCAACAGAAUAACCAACAGAACAACCAACAGAACAAUCAACAGAACAAUCAACAGAGUGAAGAAGAGAAAGCUCUAGCUUACGCUGAGAGAAGACUUAUUGAAGCCCAAAAGCUUAAUUCUGAAGCCAACCAGGACGUCGAUAGGGCCCACCAAGCUCUUGAGGAAGCUAAGAAACAAAUGGUAGAGUUCGCCCAUGUUGAGAAUGCUAAGAGGAAUUCAGAGAGAGCCCAGAAAGCAAUGGAAGAAGCCCUUGAUACUUAUGAGCAAGCUAAGAAGAAACUUGAUGAGAAAUUCGCCAAGGUCAGAAAUGAUGUCAAGGAGUUCCAAAGAAGCUCAACUGGUCAUAACUACCCUGGUAUUAGACAGAGUCAUGACAACUCUCAGUCUGGUGGGUACACUCCACAGAGACUUUAUUAAUUGUUGGAAUUUACAUUCAAUUCA